CUGGCAACUAUGCACACCUGGCACAUCCACCGCUCACCAAGACAUCAACAAAAUCAAGGACAACAUUUUCGGCCAACCACGCCCAAGGAAGGGCCCAGGAGGCCAGGAUCUAUUCCCACUCCACACACGAGAGGGGAGACAUAAUGCAUGACACCCAAGCAUACGUGCCCUCAACCGAAUGGCUUGAGGCGCAACUUGCGUUCAAAGUUUCGAUGGUUCACGGGAUUCUGCAAUUCACACCAAGUUCGUCUUCCUCAGGAGAUUCAUUAUCCGAGCUCAACCUGUUUGUUUGGUUAUCAUCUGUGCGUGAAUUGAAGGUACUGCAUCAGUCUCUGCCCUUGUGUGGUCUGUUGUUUAGGUGCUUCACUACACUUGUGCUUCUUGAUUUCUUCGUAUGUAAGAAGGGUACCAAAAAACACAAACAAAGCAUUACCAAGUUUGUGUUUGAUGGAACACCAGUGAGUGAAGCAAGACUUUGGUCCAAUUCAGAGACAAGCACAAGUGGUGCCACUGCUGCCAAAACUGGAGCAGUUUCUACUGCUCUGGAAGAGGGAAAUGACCAGAUGGGCAGUAACAAACAUACCCCCAUUACUUCUACUCCUUCAAAAACUGUAUUGAGGGAAAGGAAAUUGAGAAAUGGCAAAACCAUGGUUCUUCAAGAAGCUGCGGAUGACCCUGGUCCUAACCAUGAUGCAGAACCCAUUGGACAGAAAACUUGUUUUGAGGACAACAUAGGAAAGGCUGUGGACAGUGGCAUGGAGAGACAUGAUGAUGACUUGGACAAACCUAGAGACUCACCCUCUAUUCUACCUGAACCUCCAUCAAAGGAAUUGCCUAGUUCCAGUGGGCAUAACCGAGACCCUUCUGAAGGCUUCCCUUUGAAGAAAGUGGAGGUGGGGGAUGUGGUCAGCAUACCGGCAGAAGGGGUUUCAAAUCUUGAAGAGGAGUGGGGGUUCUGCCUUGUGGGCUGUUUGACAGGCCGGUUUCCGGGCAUCAAAGCCAUUGAGGGGCUGAUCUCCUCAUGGCAUUUAGAGUGCAAGCUCCAUCCUCACGAAAAAGGCUGGGUGAUCUUCCAGUUUUUGAGUGAUGAAGACCGUAGAAAAGUUCUCCAUAAUGGGUCAGUGGGAACCCCCAUACGCACCGACAGAGGAACGAAAAAUAAGGGAAGGUUGAGCUAUUGUAGAAUGUUGAUUCGGGUUGACAUGUCUAAGGAGCUCCCUACAUCCUUUGUGGUUUCUCUCCCUGAUGGAGAAGAAUUUACUCAAAAGGUUGUGUACGAAGGCCUUCCAAACUAUUGCUAUCAUUGCAAAAAGUUUGGCCACAACCAAUUGAGCUGUAGGGUUCUCCGAGCCCUAAACCACAGAAAAUCUGGGAAUUAUUUUGACAAGCGUGACAGGAACACCUUUGGGAAGGCUGACUUGGUUAGGAAAGGGGCUGAUUCUGCCCUGGGUACUCCAGCCCCUGCCAAAUCGAGAAGAAGGAGGAGAAGAGCUAAGCGUAAGUUGGUACGUGGACCUAAGGCCUUGGGCAGUCAUGCCAUGCCCACCCCCACUGCGUUGCCUUCCCCAAAGGACACCAUGAAGACGGCCAGGACUGAGGAUAAUGGCGUAGAACAUGCUGCCAAAACCGUGAACCAUGAUGGGCAGGGUGAUGUCUGCUCUUCCACCACCAGUCCGAAGGAUUCUCUUGAUCCUAGUGGUGCAACAAAGUCUACGGACAAGGCUACUAAGAAAGUAGCACAAACGGAUGCUAAAGUUUUGGGAGAUGGAGCUCCAGCUUCAAACCAAAAACUGCAGCAACCCAAGGAAAAAAAGAGCUUGAGUGGAAAACAGCCCGGCACUGUGGGCGAUGAUGACCAGCUCGUUGGCACCUCCUCCACCCCUGCGCAUGUUGAGCAAGCUGUCCAAGCAAACUCCAAGGUAGGGGCGUCCAUCAUAGAGAAGGGGAACAAGCCAACUGGAGCGGCCAAGAAGGCAGACCAGACCACCACAGAGAGCACACCACAAAAGGCACCAUGGCGAAUAAAGCUGGACAAGCAAAAGGAAGAGUGGCUUGAUCGACUACUAGCCCAAGCAAUGGGGAGAGUGGACAGAUCAGAUCAUGGAUUACCUAAGCUUGCACCGGACAAACUUCGGGAGCUCAUUGCCCGCAGCCCUCCUUGUUUGAGGGAUGCCUAUGGAGCUCCGCGCGGGGCAGUCCCGUCGGCACUGUUCAUCCAUAUUGAGACUUCCGAUUCCAGCCUUAUUCUUGAUGUGUUUGGCACGAUUUUGGAGCUCUUGAUUCGUUUGGAGCCGAGGAAUCCAUUCCCAGGCUUGGUUUUUGGAUUACGCUGCUGUAAUUGGGUGAAAUCGCAGAGGCUACUGACUAUGUGGUUUGAUUGGCAUUUGGGUCUGGUUUUGCUUGUUGUAAGCUUUUGGGCAGCCAUACUACCUGCCGUUUGUAGUGCUGAAUCAUGGUCUAUUGAGGACGGCUCUGGGUGGGAAAAGACCGCUAUGUUGCUGGUUUGGGGCUGCCUAAAGGUCCAUUUGCUUGGGCCCUUUGUGAGCCAUGAACUGGCCUUCUCUCCUCACACUUUGGCCUUUGAUGAACUCAUGGACAUGGGUCAUGGCAUCUCUUUCUUGAGGGUGAACUUGUUGAUCCUACACGUGUUGAGGACAUGUCAUUGUAGUGGCAACAAUGACGCAAAUGAACCCUUAGGUGAUCUCAGUGGCCCUUGGGCUGUUAUGGGGGAUUUCAAUGCAGUUAUCAGCUCUACUGAAAGAGUGAACUGCCAAACCCAGAGUGCCUAUUACAUGACAGAUCUCAGACAGUUCAGAAUCAACAAUGCAUUGAAUGAUGCUAACUCAUCACGGCUGGAAUUUACUUGGAACAAAGGUGAAAAAUGGGCCAAACUAGACAGAGUUCUGGUCAAUGAUGAAUGGGAAAAUAUGCAAUGGGACUGCUGGGCUGAAUUUAGAGACAUGGAGGCAAUCUCUGACCACUGCUCAGUGUUGCUGAAACUUAUGAAUAUUCAGAACCAGAGAACCAGGCCUUUUAAGUUUUACAACAUGUGGCUCAAGCAUGAUAAUUUUGAUAUGGUGAUCAGGGAGAAUUGGAACCAAUGGGUCAAUGGAACAAGGCAGUACAGAUUAUGUGUCAAACUCAAAAAACUGAAACAACCUCUGAGGCUUCUGAAUAAACAACAUUUUGCCCAUAUUUCUCAGAGAGCAGAAUCUGCCAGAAAGGAGUAUAGCCAUCUCAUGCAAGAGCUGAUCCUGGAACCUGAGAAUCCUUCCCUUCUGUCUAGAAGUGUUGAACUCAGAAACAAAGCCAGUUUCUUCAUGGAUGCUGAAAGAUCUUUCUUCCAACAGAAGACUAAGUGUGAACUACUCUUUGAGGGGGACAAAUGCACCAAAUUUUUCCAUGCCCUGAUGAGGAAAAAGAAUCAUAGCAGUGCCAUCCCCUUCAUUCUUACAGCUGAUCAGAGACUCACCACCAGUUUGGAGGAGGUUGAAAAGGAAUUUAUUGAGUACUUUACCAAUCUUUUUGGAACCACUGUCCCCAUUGAACCUGUUGAUUGGAAUGUUUUUGAAGAGGGCCCUCUCAUCCCCAACCAUGCAGCUAACAACCUUAUCAGAAAGGUGACUAUUGAAGAGGACAGAGAUGUUUGGGCCUGGAUCCCUAAACAUGGGGAUUCACACUUCUUCAAAAAACUUGCAGAAGUGAGAAACAAUCUAGCCCAGAAGCUUGGUACUGAUCAGUAUCAAGAAGUGGAUUGGGAUGAACUCCUUGUAGAUGGAGAAUUCUGCACAGCAAAGUCACUCUUCAGAUUGAGUAUGAGCAGACUAGGUUAUGGCCUGGGUUCCUUUUUGGGUGGGUGGACCCUUUGGGUGGUGGAAACAGCCCUUAGCACUUACUGGAAUGAUUUGGCUGCUGUUUCUUUGCUUUUUCUGAUGAUUGGUUACCUGUUUGCAAAGAUUGGUCUUCUACACUCCAAGGCGAGCCUAUCCAUCCUGAAUUCCAGCGGCGUUGUUCAAGAUUUGGGAGUCAACGAACUAGCUAGGAUGGCGAAGGGCAAGAAGAAGGAUCGUAGACCUCCACCUCCCACUCCUCCAAACAAGAAAGAGUUGCGUAACUUUCUUCGUGAUAUGGAGGGUGUGUCUGGGGCUGGAGGGGAGUCUGUGGAGUGUUCUGAUGUUGUGGAUAACUAUCUGGUCAUGACUGAGGAGGAUUUCCAUCCUUGCUCUAAACCUUGUGAGGUCAUGGUUGAAGACGAUGAUGGUUCUGAAUCCCAAAGCCCUUCUCUUGAUGAGGAGAGGAUUGAGCAGGAUUUGCUGAAGGAUAAGAGUGAUGGCAACAAGGGAGAUGCUCCAGUAGCUAACCCAACCAAUGCUGAAGCUCCUGAAACUGCUGAACCUAUUGAGAAGGAGAACUGUGAAAAGGAAGACAAUGGGAAAAACAGUGGAAAUGAGAUUGGGAAGACUGAUUGCAAUACUCCUGGUAAUAAAGCUGAUAUACCUAAAGAGAAAAAGACCUUUGCAUCAUUGUUUGAGAAAAACAGAUCAGAGGAUAAAGGAAUGAAGCUUCAUCAGGUGGACAUGGCUGAAGAUGAGGAGGUCUUUAUUCAGCCUGAAGAUGUUACACCAAUGGAGGAGCUUUGGGGACCAUGCUUGGUUGGGUGUUUCACUGGCAGAUUCCCUGGCCUUGCCCCUAUUCAAUCCUUGGUGGAAUCUUGGAAAGUGCCCUGCCAAUUUGUGCCCCAUCAUAAGGGCUGGGUGAUCUUCAAAUUCCUCUCCAAUGAGGACAGGGACUCAGUGCUACAUAUGGAUGAUCAUAGAAUAAACAACAAAAAGUUGCUCCUCAACAUACCCCAGGAUGGCUUUAUGUGGAAUGCAAAAUCCUUUUCCACCAUGCCAGUUUGGGUCAAGCUUAUGGAUGUGCCAAUGCAAUUCUGGGGCCAUAAUUCUCUGUCCAAAAUAGCUUCAAAACUGGGAAGACCACUCUUUACUGAUGGCCUCACCAACAAAGUGGCAUCCAAACUCACCUUGGAGGAGGACCCUGAUGACAAAUUGGCUUACAAGAAGCCAAACUUUUGUAGGGUGCUCAUUCAUAUGGACUUAUCCAAACCCCCUCCCUCCUCUGUGAAGGUCAACUUUGUGGGAGGCAGCUAUAUGCAACAUGUGGAAUAUGAAGACCUGCCUCUUUACUGCUACCAUUGUGAGAAGUUUGGACACACACCCUUUGACUGCCUUGAUCUCCAUGAGAUUCAGAGAAAGGAAACUACUGAAGAACAAAUAGCCUUGGACAAGGCUAGAGUUGAGGUUAUGAAAACGUCUCUCUUGGCUGACAAUGACAAGGAGAGGGAGAAGCCUAAACAGAACCAAAAAGGUAAGCAGGUUUUGGAAGGAACUAAAGGUGGUGAGAAACUUGCUGACCCCAAUGAACCCUCACCCUCCUUCUCCAGAAAGGAUGAUAAUGAUGGCUUCACACUUGUGGGAAAAGGAAGGGGAUCCCUCACUACACAUCCUCUCAAGGAAGCAAACUUCAACAAUGGCAGCAAACAACCACAGUUCAGAAGGGAAACUAGAAGCAGUGGACGUGGACACAACCAUGGUAACAGGGGGGGUACAUACAGAGAAGCCAAGUUUAAGCUUUUUCUUCAUAACAAACUCCCUUCUUGGUCUUCAACUGAUAAUUUUGCUAUGAUUGAUGAUGGGAGAAUGGCUGUUAUAUGGAACCCACUUUUUGUUACUUGUACUGUUCUGGAUGUUGGUGAUCAAUUUAUCCAUUGCAGAAUUUUGUGUAAUGUUUCCCAGAAAUGCUUCCACAUUACAUUUGUUUUUGCUCUAUACAAUGUAACUGUUAGAAGACAACUAUGGGAAACAAUUUCUGAUUUUGCUGUGAAUAUCAAGACCCCCUGGGCCAUUAUGGGGGAUUUUAACUCAGUUCUGAACUCCAGUGAGAGAUUAAACUGCCACACCUAUGCUUAUGAUAUGACUGAUCUGUUGCACUUUAGGCUCAAUAAUGAUUUGAUUGAUGCCAAGGCCACUGGUACUCACUUCACUUGGAACAAAGGGAACAAAUGGGCCAAAUUGGAUAGGGUGAUGGUGAACUGUGAAUGGGAUGCUCUACAGUGGGAUUGUUGGGCUGAAUUUAAGCCCAUGGAGUUCCAAUCUGACCACUGUCCUGUUCUGCUCCACCUCAUCCAAUCAUCCACCAAAAGCCCUAAACCCUUCAAAUUCUUCAACAUGUGGCUUAAACAUGACUCUUUUGAUAAUACCUUGAAGCAUGUAUGGGACAUGAGGUUUAAUGGUACUAGGCAAUUUAGACUCUGCAGAAAACUGAAGAUGCUGAAGCAUCCUCUCAAACAGUUGAACAACAAGGAUUUUGCACAUAUCUCUUCCAGGGCUGAGGAGGCUAGAAAGUCCUACACUGACCUCAUGGAUAAGCUGUACAAGGACCCUGAUAACUUGGAGCUACUCCAGCUUGUUGCCAAUACUAGGAAGAAAGCCUCUUUCUACUCUGAAAGAUCCUUCAUCCAACAAAAGGUGAAGUGUAACUUUAUUAAUGAAGGGGACAAAUGCACAAAAUUCUUCCAUGCAAUGGUAAAGAAGCAAAGUGUGUUGAAUGCCAUCCCUGUUUUGAUUACAUCCCAAGGAACUACUACUACUUCUCUGGAGGCUAUUGUUGAGGAAUUCAUUGGCUACUAUAAUCAGAUUUUUGGUAAUACAGUCCCUACUUCCCCGGUGGAUUGGAAUGUCUUUAAAGAGGGGCCCCUUAUCCAACACCAGGAUGCCAUUGACUUGGUCAGGAAUGUGGAUAGAGCUGAAGUCAGAGAAGCCCUUUUCAGCAUUGGUGAUGAUAAGGCCCCAGGACCUGAUGGUUAUACAGCUGCCUUCUUCAAGAAGAAAUGGGACAUUGUUGGUGAUACUGUCUUUGAUGCUGUUUCUGAGUUCUUUUUGAGUGGGAGACUCUAUAAGCAGAUUAAUCAUGCCUUGGUUGUCCUCAUUCCUAAGGGUGACCCCAUGGCCCCAACACUGUUUCUUUUCUGUAUGGAAUACCUCUCAAGGCUGAUCAGGAGAAUGCUAUAUGGGAGCAGAUUCACUUUCCAUAACAGGUGCUCUAAACUGGGCAUUACUCAUGUUACUUUUGCUGAUGAUGUGAUGAUGUUUUGCAGGGGAAAUGUGGACUCUGUCAAUGUGUUGGCUAAAGCUAUCAAUAUUUUUUCCCAAGUAUCUGGCUUGCAUGUUAACCCUCUCAAAUCCAAUAUCUUUCUGCCUGGAGAGAUCAAAGACAGUAGAGAGGAUAUCCUUGCUUUGGUGCCUUUCCCUCAGGGUAAACUGCCUGUUAGAUACCUGGGACUCCCUCUGACCUCACAGAGAGCUUCUGAAAGAGACUUUGCCCCACUUGUGAAUAAGGUGGAUGAACAUAUUAGAAAAUGGAAUACCAAAACCCUGUCUGCUGCAGGAAGAUUGGAACUCAUCAGAUCUGUGAUCCAAGGAAUUGAAGGCUUCUGGUUCCAAGCUUUCCCUAUUCAUAAAUCUGUCUUGGACAGGAUAACCUCCCUUUGUAGAACUUUCCUUUGGGGGAGUAAGUUCUGUAAGGUUGCUUGGGAGGAUAUAUGCAAGCCCAAGGAUGAAGGGGGGCUUGGUUUGAAUCAGCCCAUAAUCUGGAAUCAGGCACUUUUGAGCAAGAACCUGUGGAAUAUUGCCUCUAACAAGGAAACCCUGUGGGUGUAAUGGGUUCAUUUUGUUUAUCUUGAUGGCAAUGACUUUUGGACUUGGAGUCCUGGGAAGAAGGACUCCCACUUUUUCAAGAAGCUGACUGAAAUCAGAGACAUGCUACUACUCAAGUGUGGGAACAGAUGGGAACUUGAGAACCAACUCUGUGAUUUGGGUGAAAUAUCAGCUACCAAAGUUUAUGAUCUACUUAGAACCAGGGCUGAGGUGAGACCCUGGAUGAAGGCUAUUUGG